AAGAAAGAUUGGAAAGCGAGAAGAAGAAACAAAAGCAAAUAUUAAAAAUUUGGAAGAAAAAGUUAGACAACGAGAAGAAGAAACCAAAACCAAUUUUUAUAAUUUAGAAGAAAGGGUUAGAGAACGAGAAGAAGAAAUCAAAGCCAAUAUUAAUAAUUUAGAAAAAUGGACUAGAGAACGAGAAGAAACCAAAGCCAAUAUUAAUAAUUUAGAAGAAAAGCUUUCUUCAGAAUCAGUAGAGAAGCUUGUGUUAGUUCACCAGAUGUCCUCAGACACUGGUAACUCUUCGGAGAUGAAUACAGCGUGA